AUGAGGAAUGUUUGCCAUGAGUUGUCGGUACAUGGCAAGAAUCAUCUUGAUGUGGCGGCCAGCCACAACUAUAUUGGUUCUUCUUUGGAAGCGAUGGGUGACAAUGAUGGUGCUUUGGCAAAUUAUAAAGAAUGUCUUGGCAUAAGGCUGUCUGUGUUAGGAAAAAAUCAUCCUCAUGUCGCAUUCAGCUACUUCAAUAUUGGCUCUCUCCUGCAUGAUAUUUUUGACAAUGACGGUGCCUUGUCAAACUAUGAGAAAGCUCUUUCCAUUCAAUUACCAUCAUUGGGCAAGAAUCAUCCUGAUGUGGAAUCCACCUUUCUCGGUAUUGGUUCUGUGCUGAACAGUAUGGGUAAAUAUGAAGAUGCUUUGACAAAGUAUGAGGGAGCUCUUGCCAUUGACGUGUCAGUAUAUGGCAAGGAUCAUCAUUCAUUGGCACUCACACUCAGCAUGAUUGGCCAUGUUCUGGUAUAUAUGGGUGACAAUAAAGGUGCUUUGGAAGAGUAUGAAGAAUGUCUUGCCAUUGAAUUGGAAUCAUUGGGCAAGAAUCAUCCUAAUGUGGCAGACACUUACAGCAGCAUUGGUUCAGUGCUGGAAAGUAUGGGUGACUGUUCUGGAGCCUUAUCGAACUUUGAGGAGUGCCUUGCCAUUCGGGAGCAAGCUUUGGGAUCAGAUCAUUCUGACACCAAGAGUUGCCUGAAACGGAUUGAAAUUGUCAAGGCAAAACUGUCAUAG